GUUAUUAUUUAUAUUUGCUCUUUAAAUGAUUUUUAUUAAAGAUUUUUUUUUUUAUAGUUUCAUAAAAAUCUUUUCAUUGAUUUAUCAUAAAACAGCAUGUAUUCCGUUUUGCAGAAAAUAGAGAAUGCUCAUGAAGAUAGUAUUUGGUCAAUAUCUUGGCAUACCAAUGAAACAGACAAAUGUGAAAAUAUUAUCACAGGUGGCAUUGAUGACUUAAUAAAAUGUUGGAAAUGGUCUGAAAACAGUUUAACAUCAAAAUGGAAUUUUGAAGGACAUCAGCUUGGAAUUGUUUCUACUGAUAUAAACAAUACUGGAAAAUUAGGUGCAUCCAGCUCUUUAGAUAGUCACAUAAGAAUAUGGGAUUUAGAUAAAGGUAAACAAAUCAAGAGCAUUGAUCUUGGCCCAGUUGAUUCUUGGACAGUCACUUUUUCACCUGAUUCACGGUAUAUUGCUACAGGCAGUCAUACAGGCAAAGUAAACUUGAUUGGAGUUGAAAGUGGCAUAAAAGAAGAAACUCUUGAUACAAGAAGUAAAUUUACAAUGAGUAUUGCUUAUAGCCCUGAUGGAAAAUAUUUAGCGUGUGGUGCCAUUGAUGGUAUUAUAAACAUAUUUGAUAUGACAAGCAAAAAGUUAUUGCAUACAUUGGAAGGCCAUGCCAUGCCCAUUCGAUCUUUGACUUUUUCACCAGAUUCACAAAUACUGUUAACAGCAUCAGAUGAUGGUCAUUUAAAGAUGUAUGAUGUACAACAUGCAAACUUAGCUGGUACUCUAUCAGGACAUGGUUCAUGGGUUGUUUCUGUUGACUAUUCUCCAGACAACAAACAUUUUGUUUCUGCAUCAAGCGACAAAAGUGUAAAAAUAUGGGAUGCGAGCACACGACAAUGUAUUCAUACGUUUUAUGAACACAAAGACCAGGUAUGGGGCGUUUGUUACAACAGUACUGGAUCCAAAAUUGCUUCAGUUGGUGAUGAUAAAUCUAUAGUUAUUUAUGAUGUUCCUAUUUGAUUGAAUUGUUUAGCUGCGAUAUGCAUAGCAUGAGCCGGAUAGAAAGAACUUCCUUUUUAUUAUAUGAAAUUCUGGUCGUGGAAACAAUUUUUUAUAUAUUGUCGAAAUGGGCAGCCCAAUCUCUAAAAAUACUUUAUAAAUCAUGUAAUUUAUAGCGUGAAAAACUCCAAAUUUUUUUA